UAGAAGGAGAGUGAGGCAACUAGAGCCCGUACUAGGGGUUUCUCUUCAAAGCCAGCUGGUCUGGCUUUAUUGUACAGGAAUUUUUUUACCUGUCAGAGUUUGGUCAACAAUACCCUCAGCAGGUGCUGUAGGGUGCAACUUCCUGGAGAAGUAGGGCACUGGUGCCAUAAAGAAACUGUGAAGUAACUUCAAUGCAAUUGACAACAAGAAUUUGCCUGAUGAAUUCAGAAACUGAUGUGAAAGAGCCCUUUCCCUCCGCUACGUUACAUAGACUCAGCGCUCAGUGCCAUUCAGCCGCCUGUCACUUCCCUCCCGGACACUGUGUGGACUUUCCCUGCUGCCCGGCCAUUGGCUGCUGCUAUUGGACUCACUUGGGAUCCCGGUCGCUGCUCCGCCACAUACACUCACAGACAGACAAGUGGAGACGUAACGCUGCCCGAGCAUUGCAGAGCCCCGUGCCAAUGAGACAAGGAGCCCGCACGGACUAGUAGUUGCCCAGCAGCACAUGUCUCAUGAACGGAUGUCGGGAUCUGCGGUCUGAAAAGUGCAGUUAAGAAGGUGAAAGUAUUGUUGAAAGAAAGAAGAGAGUUGGAGCAGAGGGGGAAAUUAUUGUUUCAAGGACGAGAGAAGACAGGAAAACGGGGACUAUGGGGAGAAAAAAGAUUCAGAUUACGAGGAUAAUGGAUGAACGUAACCGACAGGUGACAUUUACAAAGAGAAAGUUUGGGUUAAUGAAGAAGGCUUAUGAGUUGAGUGUUUUAUGUGACUGUGAGAUUGCGCUCAUCAUCUUCAACAGCACUAAUAAACUGUUCCAAUAUGCCAGCACAGACAUGGAUAAAGUUUUGCUGAAAUACACAGAAUACAAUGAGCCUCACGAAAGUCGAACAAAUUCAGAUAUUGUAGAGACGUUGAGAAAGAAAGGACUUAAUGGUUGUGACAGCCCAGAUCCUGAUGCAGACGAUUCAGUAGGUCACAGCCCUGAGUCUGAAGACAAAUACAGAAAGAUUAAUGAAGAUAUAGAUCUUAUGAUCAGCAGGCAAAGAUUGUGUGCCGUUCCUCCUCCUAAUUUUGAGAUGCCCGUUUCUAUCCCAGUGUCCAAUCCAAACAGUUUGGCAUACGGUAAUCCAGCUGGUUCACUGGGUAACCACAACCUUUUGCCACUCUCCCACCCAUCCCUGCAUAGAAACAGCAUGUCUCCUGGCGUGACGCAUCGACCACCAAGUGCAGGUAACGCAGGUGGUCUCAUGGGUGGGGACCUCACAACCGGUGCAGGCACCAGUGCAGGUAAUGGUUAUGGCAAUCAUCGUAACUCACCAGGUCUGCUGGUCUCACCUGGUAACAUGAACAAGAAUAUGCAAACAAAAUCACCGCCGCCAAUGAACCUGGGGAUGAACAACCGCAAACCUGACCUCCGAGUUCUGAUUCCACCUGGCAGCAAGAACAUGAUGCCCUCCGUGUCUGAGGAUGUGGAUCUGCUCUUGAAUCAAAGGAUAAAUAACUCACAGUUGGCACAAUCACUGGCAACCCCAAUGGUCCCUGUAGCCACCCCUACUCUACCAGGGCAAGGCAUGGGGGGAUAUCCAACUGCCAUUUCAACGACCUAUGGCACUGAAUACUCUUUAAGCAGUGCAGACCUAUCAUCACUUUCUGGGUUUAACACCAGUGCCCUCCAUCUUGGCUCAGUUACGGGCUGGCAGCAACAUCAUCUGCACAAUAUGCCUCAUUCAGCCCUCAGCCAGCUGGGAGUUUGCACUAGCACUCACUUAUCUCAGAGUUCAAAUCUCUCCCUGCCUUCUACUCAAAGCCUCCACAUCAAGUCAGAACCUGUUUCUCCUCCUAGAGACCGUACUACCACACCUUUGGGAUAUCCACAUCACACGCGCCACGAGGCGGGGAGAUCUCCUGUUGACAGCCUGAGCAGCUGCAGUAGUUCGUAUGACGGAAGCGACCGGGAAGACCACCGGAACGACUUCCACUCCCCCAUUGGACUCACCAGACCUUCGCCGGACGAAAGAGAAAGUCCCUCAGUCAAGCGCAUGCGGCUCUCUGAAGGAUGGGCAACAUGAUAGAAUCAUUAUAUAUAUUAGAUUUUUUUUUUUUUUGCAGUGUGUGUGUGCUAUACCUUAAUGGGAAAGGGUGGGAAGGGCGGGUCGAUAUACAUUAUAUGUGCCGUGUGUGCUGGGAUUUAACAAAAAAAAGUCAGGUACUCAGUUUUGUAAAAGUACUUUUCAAUUGCCUCAGUGAUCCAGUGUAGGGUUAAUGAGAACCGCUGAGAUGCUUAGCACUUGAGCUGUACAACAGAGAACUUGUACAAAAUAGAUUUUGAAGCUAACUUCUUUUUUUUUUCACUGUUGUGCUGCCUUUGCAAAAUGUAUGUUACAAUAGAUAGUGUUAUGUUGCAGGUUCAACGUUAUUUACAUGUAAAUAGACAAAGGAAACUUUUGCCCGAACGUGGCAGACCUUUACUGAGGAAUAAAGCAGCUGUUAUGCAACAUAUGGACAAAAAAUGUACAGAAGUGUAGACAAGACCCAACAUUUGGUUGGUGGACAGUGAGAUAAGUCAAAUGACUGGGCCACCCUCUCUAUAUGUAACUUCAUCAAACGAACGAGCACACGAGACAUGGCGCUUAUUAGAAAGCAAAACGAAAAUUAAAAAUAGAAAAGAAAAAGAAGCGCCAUGCUAAAUGCUAUGUUUGAGAGCUUACAUAUUUUAUUGUUCAGUUCUGGGUAUACAUCACUUAAUAUAUAGAAAUAUAAAUUAUGUACAUUACAUUUUGCUUAUUUUCAUACGAAAAAAAAAGGUAAAACAAAGUUUGCAAAGCAUUGGUGGCUUUUUGUAGGUUAAGCCAAAAACAUUUUUUUUUUCCCCUCGAUUGCUUCGCAAAUAUUUUACAGUCCUAAAAAAAAACGAAAAUAAAGGGGGUCUUUUUUUUUUUGUAAAAAAAAAAUUUAAAAAAGAAAGACAAACGACCUCCUGAAAACCAUGAAGAACUCCAGGCUUUUGCUAAAAUGAAUAACUGUUCUCUCUUUGUAGAAGUUCUGUUUUUGAAAUGUGUAUUUCUAAUUAUAUUAAAUAAUAUUAAGAAACUUUUAAACAAAUCUGUGAAAUUAACAUGCUUGUGUAUAGCAUUCUAAUAUAUAAUAAACAUGGAACUAGCA